AGCCGCCGUCCGUCCUCGGCGGGCAUGGAGUGAGCGAGGAGCCGGGGGCUUUCCCGCCUGGGAGCUGAGGUUCAGAGGGGAAACAACAACAACAAUAUGGAACAGUGUUUAUAGACCAUCCACAAACAGAAGGAAAGAGAAGACCUGCUGUUUAAAAAAAAAAAAGAAAAAAGGAAGAAAUAAAAAGUGCUGCAUAUACAGAUCCUCAAUCAGCGUGAAUGGCAUUAACAAAGGAUUCGUUUGAACGGAUUACGUGGCUUAUCACAGCUGCCUGGUGGCUUCUGAUUGUUUUUUCAGCACAAGAAAUUGACGGGGGAGGAUAUGCAUAUAUUGACCCAUGUGCGGGACAGGAUUGUUCAGUUUGUCGGUGCUUUCCAGAAAAAGGAUCAAGGGGUCAGCCUGGUGAGCUGGGAGCUCAAGGCCCAAUUGGGUCCUUGGGAUUUACAGGACCAGCUGGUCUACCAGGAGAAAAAGGACAGAGAGGUGAGAAUGGGCAGCCUGGGCCAGCUGGAGAAAAAGGUGAUAAGGGCCCAACCGGAGUCCCAGGAUUUCCUGGUUUAGAUGGUGUUCCUGGAUUACCAGGAAGUGAAGGACCCAGGGGCAUGCAUGGUUUAGAUGGCUGCAAUGGCUCAAGAGGUGAUCCAGGAUUUCCAGGCGAAAGUGGUUAUAUGGGACCAAGAGGUCCUUAUGGAAAUCCAGGGCAAAAAGGAGAGAAAGGAAAUACAGUAUAUGUUUCGCAUUUUGGAAGAGGACCUCCAGGAGACAGAGGCGAUCCUGGACCCCCAGGCAUGCCUGGACCUCGAGGGUCAAGAGGUACAAUGGGCCCGUCUGGAUACCCAGGCCAUCCAGGCUUGCCUGGUAUUCCAGGUUACCCUGGUUUGCCAGGUGAACAGGGCAAUCCAGGUAUUGGAGUGGAUGGACAAAAGGGAGAGCCGGGUGACGUUGGACUUCCUGGGCCACCUGGAUCACCACUUUUAGUUGGACCUCCUGGAGCUCAGCUGUUCAAAGGACAAAAGGGCCAAAAAGGACUACCUGGAGUAACAGGUUACAGAGGGCCACGUGGACCCAAAGGCAUACCUGGGAGAGGAGAAAAGGGUGAAAAAGGCAUUCCUGGAUUCCCUGGAUUGCGGGGUAAUCCUGGUUCUUAUGGACCUGCAGGUUUUCCUGGGAUGAAGGGGGAAACAGGAUUUGAUGGUUUUCCUGGACAACCUGGCUAUCCAGGCAUACAGGGGGAUCCAGGAGAAAAAGGGCCCCCAGGUCCUCCUGGAGCUGUUGGAAUUCCGCUGUUUCCUAUAAAAGGUCCACAAGGAGAUCCUGGAUUUCCAGGUCCUGCUGGUGAUAUGGGAGCAGUUGGGCCCAUAGGUCCUGCAGGCCAGCUAGGAAGACCAGGAGAAGAUGGAACAAGUCUGCCUGGCCUGCCAGGAGUACGCGGGGCACCAGGACUUCAAGGUUUUCAAGGUGACCCUGGUUUCCCUGGAACAGGUGAAUCAGUCCCAGGAAGACCUGGACUUCCUGGACCACCAGGCCUACCAGGACAGCCAGGAAGACAAGGCUUACCUGGACCACCCAGUGUAAUCUGUACUGACAGAGGGAUCCCUGGAGAACCCGGAGCAAAAGGUCAGAUAGGACUUCCUGGAAGAAAAGGUGAAAAAGGAGAAAAGGGAAAUCAAGGCCUCUGCUCAUGUAGUGCUGGUCCUCCUGGUCCCCGUGGUAUGCAAGGACCUCCAGGUGCUCAAGGAAAGAAAGGACAAAUGGGAUACCCUGGAAGGCACGGAGAAAAGGGCGACCCAGGCUUAUCUGGUGCAAUGGGAUCACCAGGGCUCCCUGGGCCACCUGGUUCUGCUGGACAACAUGGUGAAAAAGGAGAGAAGGGUGAUCCAGGAAGAGUUAGAAUAAAAGGAAUAAAAGGUGAAAGAGGUCCUACUGGUGUUCCAGGAUUUCCAGGCCAAAGAGGUAAUGAUGGCAGAGAUGGGGAACUAGGAUUGCCUGGGGAAAAAGGAGCUGAGGGUGAUUCUGGAGUACCAUUGCCAGGUGAUAAAGGAUUCCCUGGGGUCCCAGGGCUUCCUGGGAUAAGAGGACAGAUGGGAUUGCCUGGUUUGGGGUUUCCCGGCCCUCCCGGAGUCAGAGGUAGCCCUGGAGACUUUGGUGAUACUGGUAACAUUGGGCCACCUGGUCCAAAGGGCCAGAAAGGUGAGACUGUACGCAUUAUACCAUACCCUGGAAAUCCUGGUCCCCCGGGUUUUAAAGGAGUUCAAGGACCAAAGGGUUUAAAAGGACUCCCCGGUCAUCCUGGACCAAAUGGCUUUGAUGGGCCAAAAGGCUAUAGAGGCAGGCCGGGAGCAGGAAUCCCUGGGCCAGAAGGCUUUCGAGGCACAGCUGGUGAUCCUGGUGAUGAAGGUGAAAGAGGAUCUACAGUUGAUGGUAAAAAAGGCCCUCCAGGUCCACCUGGCAUAGAUGGUCAGAAAGGUGUUCCAGGUGAUACUACAUACGGUCCUCCAGGAAUCCCAGGCAACAGGGGACUGCCAGGACCCCCUGGUGAACAAGGAGCAAGGGGUGAUCCAGGCGUUCCUGGGUUUCAAGGACAACCUGGAACCCCCGGAUUUCCAGGUGCCAAAGGUUUUAGAGGCCCAGAAGGUGAUGUAGGAGCACCAGGCUGUCCAGGCUUCCCUGGUCCACCAUGUGACACAAGCUUACCAGGGCCACCAGGAUUCAGAGGUAUCACAGGCCUGCCAGGACCUCAAGGUUUACCAGGCUUUAAAGGUCAGAGAGGAGACAGGGGCCUAGCUGGGCCACCUGGAAUCAAAGGUCUCAAAGGUGCUCCUGGCUCACGAGGUCCCCCAGGUCAUCCAGGCUCCAGAGGACUUCCAGGACUUCCAGGCAAUAGAGGACCACCUGGUUUCCCAGGACAAACAGGAAGCAAAGGAAUUCAAGGACCCCAAGGAUUCCCAGGACUCCCAGGAACACAAGGCCCAAUGGGAAUCCCUGGUGUAAGAGGUGAAGAAGGAAUAAUGGGUCCAGCUGGGCCGAGUGGAGAAUGCGGGGAUAUGGGAAUAAAAGGUGAAAGAGGACCUCCAGGAGACAGUGGCUGCAUUAACAUCCGUCUUGAGAAAGGACAAAGGGGGGAUCCAGGGUUUCCUGGUGAGAAUGGAUUUAGAGGUGAAAGAGGUGAAAAAGGCAAUACUGGUUUCAGAGGCCACCCAGGACUUCCAGGGAAGAACGGUGUCCCAGGACUGCCGGGUGACCAUGGUGACACUGGAUUGAUGGGGUUUCCAGGAUCUCGGGGUUUCCCAGGACCAAAAGGCUUUAAAGGAAUUACGGGUUUUCAAGGAGAACCAGGUGACCAGGGCGACGUUGGCUUACCAGGAAUCCCUGGAAAUCCAGGACUGACUGGCCCAAAAGGAUCUAAGGGCAAGAGAGGUGACCCAACUCCUCUGCUUGGUACACGUGGUCGAAAAGGGCCUCCUGGAGAUCCCGGAUUACCAGGACCCUGUGGAUACCCAGGAGAGAAGGGUUCACCAGGUAUCCAAGGACAACCUGGAAAACCAGGAUCCAAGGGUGACCCUGGAUACCCAGGAACACCUGGAUUUCCAGGAGCUACAGGUUCUCAGGGACUGCCAGGAGAACCUGGAGAAAAAGGGAAACAUGGAAUUGUGGGACCUCCGGGAUUGCAUGGAUUAGCUGGAUCCCAAGGCAGAAAAGGUCUUCCUGGACUGCCUGGACUGGAUGGCUUGGAUGGACUAAAAGGUCAAAAAGGUUCUGCAGGAGCUCCAGGUCAAAGUGAAACAGGGCCCCCAGGAUACCCAGGAGAACUUGGACCAAAAGGAGACAGAGGUGAACCUGGAUGGCCUGGUAUUUCUAUUCCAGGCCCCCCUGGAGAAAGAGGAUUCCCGGGAUUCCCAGGUAGAAGAGGACCUGCUGGACCCACUGGACCUAUGGGAAGAUCUCCUGAUAGUGCUUCUCCUGGUCCUCCAGGUGAUCAAGGACCACCUGGUUUAGAUGGCAUCAGAGGUCAGCCUGGAAAUCCUGGUCCUCCUGGAGAGACGAUCUUUGUGCGAGGAGAUCCAGGUGAUAUCGGUAUUCGAGGAGCACCAGGUAAUCCCGGACAGCGAGGGCAACAAGGAGCCAGAGGUCUUCCAGGGAACCAAGGAAGAGGAGGCACAAAGGGUCCUAUGGGAAUCCGUGGCCCUCAGGGUCCACCUGGUGCUACAGGACACCCAGGAGACCAAGGUUUUCAAGGAAAACCUGGUCCCAGAGGUCCCACAGGUUUCAUAGGCGACCCUGGUGAACCAGGAAAAAUAGAUGAUUCAUGCCGUGCAAUCCCAGGGCCUCCUGGGGAAGCAGGGCAAAGAGGAGAUGAUGGCUCUGUAGGAUUACCAGGGGCAAUAGGCCACCCUGGAGCCCAAGGAAGAAAAGGUGAAGAAGGGUCACGUGGCCUACCAGGCCAAGAUGGUUUACCUGGGGCACCUGGACCACCAGGCGACCAAGGGAAUGUAGGAGAGCAAGGAUUUGCUGGGCCACAAGGUCCACCUGGCCGUACUGGUAUCCCAGGACCACCAGGCCCCCAUAUUAGAUCUGCAAGUGGAUUCUUGCUCGUCCUUCACAGUCAGUCAGACAGAGAACCACUCUGUCCACAGGGGAUGCCAAAAUUAUGGACUGGCUAUAGUCUGCUGUACCUGGAAGGACAAGAGAAAGCUCAUAAUCAAGAUCUCGGUCUGGCAGGAUCUUGCCUUCCUGUGUUUAACACCAUGCCAUUUGCUUACUGUAAUAUCAACCAAGUUUGUUACUACGCCAGUCGAAACGAUAAGUCUUACUGGUUGUCAAGUGCAGCUCCUUUACCAAUGACGCCUCUCUCUGAAGAGGAAAUACAGCCCUACAUAAGCAGGUGUGCGGUAUGCGAGGCCCCAGCCCAAGCAGUAGCAAUUCACAGCCAAGAUCAGUCAAUUCCUCCCUGCCCGGUCAACUGGAGGAGUCUCUGGAUAGGAUAUUCUUUUUUGAUGCACACUGGAUCUGGUGAUCAGGGUGGUGGACAGUCCCUUAUGUCACCUGGAAGUUGCCUAGAAGACUUCAGAUCAGCACCAUUCAUUGAGUGCCAGGGUCAGCGGGGAACAUGUCAAUUUUUUGCUAACGAAUACAGUUUCUGGCUAACAACUGUGAUGCCCGAGUUGCAGUUUGCAUCAGCCCCCCUGUCAGGAACUCUUAAAGAAGGACAAGAGCAGAGGAAAAAAAUCAGUAGAUGCCAGGUAUGCCUGAAGCAUGGCUAACAAGCGAAACAAAAGUGAACAGCUAGAGCGAGACUUGCAUAAAGAUGAACAAUAUGCUAAAGGUUUAAACAGUGUUUAAUAAUAUUUGUAGUAUGAAAGUGUGCAGCACUGUUUGUUUGAACAGAAAUGCAAGGCUGAAAGAUGAAGGACGUGUUGAGCCUCAUCCACCCAUGCACACACAUCUACAAGUAGCAAAACCCACCGUAAAUGAUGUAAUACCAAGAAAUUAAACUGUCACAUCGGAGUCCACUGCCAUAAAAUACAGGUAACAAGGGGAGUCUGGAGGGUAGAGUCAAGCCGGGAAUACCAAGGAAAUCAGACCUAUUGUGCAAGACAAUGGAUGUCCUGUUAGAAAUGGCAUUUACAGCAGGAAGAGCAUGUGCAUGUAUAUGGCAUAUUACAAAUAUUUAUCCUUACAGAUACAGAUGUGCAAACAUACAAAUGUCUUAAAGCCCUAUAGCUGAAUUUCCCAAGCUAAAGAAACUUGCACAUGCUGUUUCUGAGGGAAGGGGAAAAUGUAAUUGUAAAAAACCCUCAUAAUAAGAACAAGGGAGAAGAAAGUCUUUUACCAUUGCAGUACUGAAAACAGACUGCAAAUAAACUGUUAAUUGGGCUUUCAUAAGCAACAAAAAGUUGCAAAUCUGUUUAACAGUAGGUUAUGUAAGAAAAUAAAAUUAGCUGAGAUAACGCAUCCUUAAGAAGCUGUAUUUAUAUUUGCAAUUAAUUUCUAAGAGCAGUUAAAUUAUUAAACUCCCAAUCCAAGUGGCUGAAGAAACAAAGCAGUUUCUAAUGUUAAUUGGAAAGAAACAGCAGCAUGGUGAUAAAAUGGGUGAACUUACCUGAGUGAUGAAUACAAGUGGUGCUAGGACAACUGUCUAAACCUGAAGCCAAUACAUUUUGUUAAUUUUUGCUUCUCUAUUUGUGAAUACACCACCAACAAAAAGAACAGUCACCUUUAAGAUCCUUAUGGAAUCAUAGCUCUAGAGAUGCUUUGUAUUUUUUAAAGCAUUGACUGUUACAAUGUUUAUAAGCUAACACACUAAUCACCUUUUGAAAAAGUUCACAUCUAUACCUUCUUCAUUCAGCUAUAAAUCCAAAACUAUUAAAUGUGUAUUUGAAUCAUGAUGGAACUACUGAAAACACAGAUGGCACAUGGGGAAUUUAUCAUGUGCAGAAGGGCCACAAAUGCUCUUUUUACCACUUAAAUAAGCUAUGUUUUACUAGAACGGAAUAAAAUGUUUUUUCCAGCACUUUUCAUUUCAGUUUGUGUUCACUAAGAGAGGUGCCCCCAGCAAAAGGAUUUUCAAGGAAACAGAACCACGUCCAAGAGUCCUAAUUCAAAGCAAACUCCUUCUGAAGCCAUCACAAGUACAACAGGCUGAUCUGCUGGUUUCAAGUUGGAUACACAAACUCAAAGAGCAGGAAAGACAGACAUUCCAGUCCCAGCCAGAGGAAAAUAAAAUAGUCAGAGGAUAAGUCCAUUCAAGUGUAAAUACAUCAGACUGUGUAACCUCAUUCUGACAAAACCAGGCAAACCUCUCUCAUCUGCUGUGCUUACAUGGAGGUCAACUCACUCCCCUGCUCUUCCACCUGGGGCAGGGUCAGGAGCCCUCCUGGGGCAUGUCCCAGUCCCCACCUCUCUCAGGGAACGUUUCCCUCUUGGUCCCAGUGGCCUGCUGGGACAGGGCACACCUCUCAGUUCACUCUCCAGUGAUCCCAGCUGCAUGCGUCAGAUCUGGCACACCACACAGUCUUUUGAGGAGGGACUAAUCCCUGCUGUUGAACUGUAUGAAAGAAUUUAAUCCCCUCCUGCUUCAGACAGCGUCCCACAUGCAGGCAAGGCUGGCUUUCCAGUGUGCAGUAAAAGCCAACAUCUUGACUCCGCAAGGUGCCGAGUAGCUUCAGAGCUUACCGCUGUGAGAACAAAGCUGCACGUAGAGGAGCACCAUGGCCGAGUCACCUAUUCGGUAAGGUGUGCAAACUGUGUUUCCUGAAAGGCCACAGCUAGAACCACACUGGGCUAGUAACUUCAGCUUAUGUUCACAGUAGCAGAUAAAUGUCCCACUUCCUCAUGGGAUUUAGGUAAUUCCACAUUAAGGUCUCAUUUAUGAGCUUUUCCUGACAGUACCUACCAGCUCCUCCCUUACUCAUUUGCAGCCUCUUCUCGGGUUAGAAACUCUCUGGAGAGCUGCAGUCCCUUUCCUGGAAGCAUUUGCAGUGGGGCUUGUGGUACUAACUACACUUUAGUAAACAAUAAAGAAAACUUUAUACACUGUGUUAUUGCAAACUUUAUCAUAGACAAGAUGGAAUAAAAUGGGAUUUUGGAAUUGGAUCUGUGUUCACCUAACUUAAAACAAGUACAGAGAAAAAUCUUAAAAGCAUCAGAGAAAAUCAACAAAAAAAGACCCAAUAAUCUAAACAAGCAAUUCCAUGGCAUUUUAUCUGCUCAUUUGAUUUAAAAACGCUGUGUGAACCAGUCAUGUUUUUCUCUUAUUUUAACGAAGUUUUUGCACCUGUGCCAGUUACAUUGUACUACGUUCUGUAAGAACAUACUAUAUAGAUGCAUUUUUAGGCUACCACUGAUAGUUUAAAUAUUUAAUAGGUGUCUAAAUUCCUGUUUCAUGCUUAGCUGAUUCUGUAAGGCAUUUGUCAGCAAUACUGUACUAAUUGAAAAUGAAAUUGCAGAUAAAUUGCUUAAUAUUACAAAGUAAGACAGACCCAAGUAUAAAGCAGCAUAUGCUUUAAUUCUGCAAUCAUUUGCCCGGUGACUAUAAGCAGAAAAAUAAUUGGUAAAUUAUUCAUAGGAAACCUAAUUAUGAAAUUUUAUGUGAAAAGGGACAGCUGAAGCUGUUCAUGAGUAAAAACACUCCUAAAGGCAACGACCUUCUGCUAGUCCUUAUAGUCCAGAUCACCCUUACUGCUGCAUUCAAGAGCUUUGGAUCUCGUGUAGGCCCAGUACAGAAGCGAGUAUUACCUUGAACAGCCGGCAGGGUAUUAAUAGCAACACUGAAAAUUCUGCUGGCUGUGCUUGAAGGUCAUUGGGAUUAGAGCUGUUUGGGGUGAACUGCCCCAGCAUUCAAUUCAGAACCUGUGAUUUACAACGAGGAGACUUGCUCGCCCAUCACCCUUGCAAACCACGGCAUCUGUAUGGCUUGGAAGCAGGGAAGAUGCCUGGCUCUAACUCACGGCAAAUCCUCAGGGCAGCGUUCAGGCCCUUCACUCUCCGUCACAUCCCUCCGCAUCAGGAUUUCCAGAACAUAACGUUGUCUCUCAAAAGGGAGAGAAUAAAGCACAACUGGAAAUGGGUAUCGCUCAUUUUAUCACAAUGGUGCUAUGUUGUAAAAAUGGUACUUUUCAAGUGUAUUUUGAAAUUAUUUCUGUACAGUAGAAUUUCUGAAUUUCAGGUCCACAGUUCACAUGCUAAAAGCCACCAUCAGAACGAGGUAACAGAGAAGGUGUUUAGCUGGGGCCAGUAUGCAGAUCCAAACUGCAACUUCCUACAACAGCAGCCACCUGCCGAGGGCCAGGCCAGUGUCCGGGGUCCCCUGCCUGCCCCCGGGGUCCCCUGCCUGCCAUGUGCCCUCAGCAGCGAUGUCACCUGCCGGGCAGCUGCUGAACACCUGCGAUGAGCUGGCCCCAGCUGGCAGCCAAGCACCUACCCAGCUGCUUCCCCCCACCCCCCAAGCAGGACAGGGAAGAAAAUUGGAGGAGAAAGAACAAGAAAACCAGAGUGUCAAAACAUUGGCACAGGAAUUGCUUACCAAGUACUGUUGUGGGCUAAACUGACUCAGCUCAGAGAAUUUAACUUAAUGUACUGCCAGUUAGCAUAAAUAUUUAAUUACUGAUUCAGGUUUUGGGAAACAAGUUGACAACACCUGAAAACACCUUUCCUCCAGCUUUCCCAGGCUCAGCUUCACUCCAGACUCCUCUCUGCCCCCUUGUUAUCUCUGCAGGUUUUACUCGGUCCCUUUGGUGAGGCAAGAGGUGGCACAAAGCUUCGGGGGCAGGAUGGGGGAGCAGGGUACAAAGCGCUUUCUUCUGCACCUUCCUUCUCACUCUUUUCCUGUGCUGUGACCUUGGUCCUCCAAAGGCUGCAGUCCUUUUGGGAGGACCUGCUCUGCACGGGUCCUCCAAGGGCUCCAGUCCUUCAGGGGCGUGCCUGUUCUGCCACGGAGCACCUCCGCCUCCUCCUGACCUUGGAUUUCUCAGAGCAGAAAACUGCUUAAAGACUCAUUCCUAGAAUUGCAUUAUUAUGUGCAACAAGUUUAAGCAAAACUGUUCCAGGAAUUCUUCCAGGGUAAACUCUUAACCAAACAACUCUUUCCUACUUUGGCUGGUUCAUAAGCACCAGAGAAAAGCAAAAAAAGUAUCAAAACAAGUUCAAAAACAUAGAAUUCCUAUAGUCCAUACAUGUUUUGCCUGUGUUUAAGGCAAGUGAAGUAAGCCUUUCAUCCAUCAACACAAGCUGCUGUUUUCUUGUUUGAGUAAGUUUCCUCUAAGUUUCACAGCACACUUGAGGAAAAACUAAGUUUGAUCUGCAUGAUGCCUUCUGCUCCUGGUGCACAGCUGAAGACUGCCAGCCUGCAAUGACCAUGCAAGCUCUCCAGCACAGCCUGCAGGAUCACAACAUCAACCCUCAUCAAUUCGUUAAGUAUCACCAUGAUCCGAACUCAAGAAACAAACCACAUCCACCUAGGGAAUUUUUUCGUGUCGUUCCACAUGGACCACUGUAAAUAACACCACUUUUACACCAAGAGCCCAGACUGAAGCCUGGCCGUUUCAGGUCUUACGAGCAAUCCUUAAAUAACUUUUGAUUUCAUUCAGUAUGCCAUACAUUGUGAAAGGCUGCAAAGAUGAGGAUUCCUGUUCUAAUGCUUUACACACAUUAUAACUGGGCAAGAAAGAAAAAAAAAAAAAAAAGCCACAAACAAAAACCAUUCAAGGCCACGGGGAAGAUUUGUAAAGGGGAACAGCUGUUUGCAAGGAGGACUGCUCCAAAGCCAGCUGUGAAGAGGAGCUGUCUGCCCACUUCAACCAGCUGGAAAACGAGCCAGGUGGAGGAAAAAUCACCAUCAGCAUUCAAACAGAUACCGCACCACAUUCAUACUUAACAGCUUUCCCCUUUUCUAGUCACUUCAUCCAGAUGUUCCAGAAGGUACUGGAAGUUCAAUUAGAGGAGGUGUUUUAGAAGUGAAAAAUAAAAACAACUCCACAUUUAUCAUUCUGGAAUGAAUGUAUUAAACAAACAUGGUUCCUCCAUGUAACGCAGCCAGCCUUCAGCAUCCAAUACCACCGCACAGCAAAUCUCACCUUGUGCUUGACCACACAGUGGUCAACUGCUUCUCAAAAGAUGACAGGCUUCAGCUAUGUGGUAUCUGAAAUUUCACAGAUUUCAAUGUUUUCCACAGAUUCACCGAAGCAGAAAUGCAAAACGCAGCACAAAAUUCUACCCAAUUUCUAAAGAAACAUACGUAGUGAAGUACCACACUAAUGAACUCUCCUAUUGAAAGUCAGCUGCCAAACAGAGAACAUGCACGUGCAUUGCCCCCGCGCACUCUAUAGAAAGAUUUGGAAUGAAGCACUCAAGCCUCAAACUGACGCCGUGUUCAGCUUGGUAAAACAAAGCUUCAGUACACAGAAAAGCGACACCUUUUUCAGAAUUGAGUUUUCCAUGCAGUGAUUACUAACACCACUCCUACUGUAGACAGAUGCUCCCUCUUACACGAUUUACCAUGAUGAAGACAGGGGUGUUUUCAUUAAAGCAGAGAUUAAACUUUCUCAGAGGCAGAAAACAAUUCUGAUGGGAAUUGAAGAGAUUAGAAACAGCUACUCUGAGGCAGUUGCAGCUGUAGUUGGUUAGAUUCUGCAUUCUGUAUUUUAAAAGCUCUAAAGCAAAUUAGUACUUCCAAAAGUUUUCAUUUUAUUGUGCUUAAGCAUUUAAGAUGCACGUAAAAAGUGAAAUACGUACAAUAAACGGUACCAAUGUUACAGAACUUCAUCACACACAGAUAGGUUGUACCUCUGCAUAUAUAAUGUAUAUGCUUCCUGAUGGUGAUGUGCAGAAACUGAGAUUUUAAGCACCCUUCCUAAAGAAGUGCCUUGCAAAUUAAAUGCAUCAGUGAUCAUUUACCCUCCGUCCUGCUCAUUUCACUCACAUAAUAAAGUUCAAGCCCACAUUUCUGUAAGCUAACCACUCAUUCUGGAUUUCGGGUCUCUAGAUACACAUAACAGUGAAAAGGGAAUGAAUAAUGUAUUUUUAAUACAACCAGAAGUCCCAGCUCUAAACAGUAACAAAACAAUUAUCUUGAUUCCUCCAACAAACACACUGCAACAUACAGACACCUGGAACACCCCUGGCCCUGUACAGGAAAAGGGGCGUUCACAGAAACACACACCUAAGUGCUGUUCUGCACACUAAAGCCUUCCAGAAUCAAGGCUGCUCGGACCUAAGCUCUGUUUUUUCAAAAUGCUGGAUAAAAUUUAAGUGGGAGGUUUGACCCUUGCACACCAGAUACUGUAAAGCUUUUAUCAGAAGUUGCUGAAUGACAUUUUGUACUAAUGUAAAUGAAAAAUCUUACCAAAAUCAGUUGUUACAUUACUAAUGUUAUAGCUGAGUUUAGCUCUUUAAGAGCAACGUGACCCACCUGUUAACUGGGCAAAAGAACACACGCUAGCCUUCUCAGAUGUAGAACUGCCUUCUUAUAUACUUAGUUUAGAAUUAAUUCUUUAAAGUCAGCAAACUGGUCAUUCCUGUACAUCAAUAUUGUACAGAUUCAGGAGCAGUUCGUUAACUUCUUAGAUGGGUACGAAAGAUAGGGAUUCACGGAAGCAGCCCACCCACCAACAGGUCUUAAACGAUCCCUGUAAGGAAUGGUUUGGUGAAGGAUCUAACUUAAAAAUCCAACAUUUUCCACUAAGGUAAGAACAUUUACUGUUUACCUGGUCAACAGCCCUAAGGAGGUGUUCCUUUAACCUGCUCCAAAAAGAUUAAAGAAGGAAAUUCCAGAAUAUCCCUACCUGUUAGAAAAGUUCACUAUUUGCAUUUAGAAAUCCUUUGCUUGUUUGCUGCAGAUUAGGCCAGUGUCCUCAUGGCACUGGACAAAAGAGACGACCUUACCACCGUUCUGCGGCAGCAGAUUCCCAUCACAUAUAUACUCGAUCUUCUCUUUCACUAACCCGGCUGCUUUACCGUUCCGAGCGUGCCAUAUGGACAGAACUACCCGAACCGUCUUACAUUUGUAUGGCUGGCUGUCCGCACUUUUCACAGCUCCUGAAAGAGUAAACGGGUAUCAGUAUUUAUUACAAGAGUUAGACCCUUUAGAAAGCAGAAUAUUCUUUUAGGAAGAGUCUGCAACCAGAAACUACAAAUUAUUAAUAUUUCCUUGCCCUCUGAAAUCUGGUAACAAGUAAGAAAUCACCAAUUUAUUUUUUAUAUAUGUAGGACACAAUUAGA